AUGGAGUUAUCUGCUGCAAGUCUCUUAACACAGCUUAUGAUACGUGUCUCGACUCAAUUGUUGUCCCAUAUUACCAUAAAGCAACACAUAUGCUGGUCAGACAGUACCAUUGUCCUAGCAUGGCUAAACACACCUCCUCAUAGACUUCAGGUCUUUGAAGCUAACAGGGUUGCCAAGAUAACAUCCAAUCCAAUCACCUCCACAUGGAAACAUGUUCCUACAAACCUGAACCCUGCAGACUGUGCGAGCAGGGGAAUGUCUGCCCAGUCACUAUCAGCUCAUGAUCUUUGGUGGUCUCCUAGCUGGCUGAAGGAGCCUCCUGACACCUGGCCCAAAAUGCCUCCUGCUCUAGGCCACCAUGCAUUACCAGGUCUGAAGCCCAAGAAAGUACCAGCUCAUAUAGCAGUUCCUGACCUCGACCUUGACUUGCUUACUCGAUUCAGUUCUCUCGACAAGCUCGUUGGAGUGACAGCUUGCAUAAAACGCUUUAUUUUCAAUUGUAGACACAACUCAACUGAUAGGCGCUCUGGUCCCUUGACAGUUGGAGAACGUAGAGAUGCUCUGUUAUUCUGGGUUCGCUCUGUUCAACACAAUGAGUUUGCGGAAGAUAUUUACCGUCUUCAGGCAGGCAAGAUUUGUACCGUUCGACUUCAGCGUCUUUCACCCUUGAUGAAAGAUGAUCUCUUGAGAGUUGGUGGUCGCCUCACUCAUGCGCCAAUAAGAUACGAUGCUCAGCAUCCUCUCGUUCUGCCCAGCUCUAGCCCACUAGUUGAUCUCAUCAUAGACCACUAUCACAGAAUAAACUGUCAUCCUGGGGCUGACACAUUACACGCUAUCCUCCGUCAGCAGUUCUGGAUACUCUCAGCACGUCGUGUCAUCAGGCAUCGCGU